AUGGGUCGGAAGGAAGAAGAUGAUGACUGCAGCUCCUGGAAGAAACAGACGACCAACAUCCGGAAAACCUUCAUCUUCAUGGAGGUGCUGGGAUCAGGAGCUUUUUCUGAAGUUUUCCUGGUGAAGCAAAGGGUGACUGGGAAGCUCUUUGCCCUGAAGUGCAUCAAGAAGUCACCGGCAUUCCGGGAUAGCAGCCUCGAGAAUGAGAUCGCGGUGCUGAAAAAGAUCAAGCAUGAAAACAUCGUGACCCUGGAGGACAUCUAUGAGAGCACCACUCACUACUACCUGGUCAUGCAGCUUGUUUCUGGUGGGGAGCUCUUUGACCGGAUCCUGGAGCGGGGUGUCUACACAGAGAAGGACGCCAGCCUGGUGAUCCAGCAGGUCUUGUCCGCCGUGAAAUAUCUCCACGAGAAUGGCAUUGUCCACAGAGACUUAAAGCCUGAAAACCUGCUGUACCUCACCCCUGAAGAGAAUUCUAAGAUCAUGAUCACAGACUUUGGUCUGUCCAAGAUGGAACAGAGUGGUGUCAUGUCCACUGCCUGUGGGACUCCAGGCUAUGUUGCUCCGGAAGUGUUGGCCCAGAAACCCUACAGCAAAGCUGUGGAUUGCUGGUCCAUCGGCGUCAUCACCUACAUAUUGUUGUGUGGGUAUCCUCCUUUCUAUGAAGAAACGGAGUCCAAGCUUUUCGAGAAGAUCAAAGAAGGCUACUAUGAGUUUGAGUCUCCAUUCUGGGAUGACAUUUCUGAGUCAGCCAAGGAUUUUAUUUGCCACUUGCUGGAGAAAGACCCGAGUGAGCGGUACACCUGUGAGAAGGCCUUGAGGCACCCCUGGAUUAACGGAAACACAGCCCUCCACCGGGACAUCUACCCCUCAGUCAGCCUUCAGAUCCAGAAGAACUUUGCCAAGAGCAAGUGGAGGCAAGCCUUCAACGCGGCCACCGUGGUGCACCACAUGAGGAAGUUGCACAUGAACCUGCACAGUCCCGGUGUCCGCCCCGAAGCAGAGAACAGACCUCCUGUCAUGAAAGCCUCAGAAGCUUCGAGACCCAGCUCCCCUGAGAUCACCAUUAUUGAGGCCCCUGCCUUGGACCAGAGCGUGGCACUCCCUGCCCUGACCCGGCUGCCCUGCCAGCACAGCCUCCGGCCCACAGGUCCCGGUGGCAGGUCCCUCAACUGCCUGAUCAACGGCUCCCUCCGCAUCAGCAGCAGCCUGGUGCCCAUGCAGCACGGGCCCCUGGCUGUGGGGCCCUGUGGCUGCUGCGCCAGCUGCUUGAGCAUCGGAAGCAAAGCCAAGUCCUCCUACUGCUCUGAGCCCUCCCUCUUCAAAAAGGCCAACAAAAAGAACUUCAAGUCCGAGGUCCUGGUGCCCGUCAAAGCCAGCGGCAGCUCCCACUGCCGGGCGGGGCAGACCGGAGUCUGCCUCAUUAUGUGA